CAAACAUCCAUUCCCAUCGCAACGCGCUUCUGCAGUCUCCUCCCUCAUGUUCUCCUAGCGACACUCCCACCGUUUCAGCUACCUUUUCUUUCUUCCCUUCAGCAGCCACAUCUUCCGACAAUGUCAUGGAAGCUCUAAUCUAUAAUGACUCGCCUAUUGCAGAAUAUCUAGAAGGAGACGCCAUCCCCUUCGAGGCCACCGAGCCGCCCUCACCUUCCGCUUGCGCUCGACAGACCUACGCCCCUCGAGGCCUGCCUAAACUUCGCGAGCAGUUGCGGAACAUUCGUCAAACAGCUGCCUCUGUGACCGAUGUUGCAAACGAACAAUUCCUCGAGCGAUUUCGCUACGUGAUUGUUGCCUCCCAACUUCUCGCGGACGAACCGAAGCCGAGGCGACAACUUCUCCAAAAUGAUCAACCUUUCGCUCCACAUACUCUCUCCGUCAGGGGUGCCUGUAUAACAGCCGGAAUUUCCUUUUCAGUCGCGUGGUCUCUUCAUCUGUUCCAGCGGGGAUAUCGAUCGUCUCGGUCACAUUAUUCAACUUGGUCAGAAAUAUGCAUAUACUCGUUGUUAUUUUUGGGGGUUUGUCUGGUCCUUUGUUAUUUCGCUCGGCGUCAAUAUCUCGAAUUUGUGCGGCAGUCUGCAGGGUCGACACUAGGAAAUGUGGUGACGAAUUCACAUAAUUAUGAUAGUAUUGCGGCUGAGGCGCUUCGUUUCGUCCAGGAGGUCGAGAUUGUCUCUCGUGGGUAUGAAAUAAGCCAUCCGUUACCCCCGGUCAGUCGACUGGAAGAUAAAAACUCACCGAGUCGCUGCCGUGAUCUACGGGCCACUCUUGGAGUUACCUUGACGGCCAGUAUUGUACGAUGCGUGGAAGCUCACAAUGCCGUCCAACCAUUUGUUAGAGACCUCGACUUGAAAAGAUAUCAUGACAUAUACGAGGUCUCGAUGCAGGAUUACGCCGACGCCGUGGCGUUCGCGAAUGAUAGUCCUCUCGACAAUCGGGACUCGCUGAAAGAACUCCGCUUCCUUUUCCGACUCCAUCUCAUUGCAAGAAAAGUCUUCCUUUGUGAUCUGUUGGCCCUUCAUUCUGGCUCGACGUGGUACAAUGUCCGUCAGUGGCGACUGAUAUGUCGUGUGUUGGAAGGGCUAGAUGGUGCACUUUCCCAGGCGGGCCAACAACUCCACACUGCCGUCGUGCACGAAGAAUAUGGCGAAGAGGGCCAGGAUGCUGUGUCGGAAGAGGCCGAACCAGCGGCUGAACGGAGCAUGGACGCCACUACGCCGCAAAAACGACACACUAAGGCUCAAUUACGCCGCUUCGAAGCGGUAGCCAAUGCUAUCCGAUCCCUGAACGCCAAAGUCCAUCUCCUGAGGGAAGAAAUUAACUCCCUAAAGUCGAAGGAUGACUCCUCCCUCAGCAUGGCCAUCACUGGACAUUACGACCACCUCGGGGCUGAGAUUCGAAACGCCCUGGUUGAAUGGGAAAAGGGGCGAAACACCAUGUUCCUCAACGUGGGGACCGAAUCUGAUAAUCGUUUCUCCCGAGCAUCCAGUGGUAUGCGGUCGCCAGCAUCGCCAUCUCCGAGCAGUCUGGGUGGGCUGACGGUCGUGGAUGGAGGGCCGGCAGAAGCGCUAAGGCUGCUGAGUGGCGACGAACGAAGCCAGUCUGAUGGAGUAGGAUUGGACGAAGAAGUGUUUGAAGCGGUGGCCUUGCCACGCAAGAGAAUGUCUUGGGCGCCAAUGAGCCGGGAAGAGAAACUCAACAAACUUCAAGAGGACCGGAGGAAGCGGGCCACCUUUCAAGAGCACGCCGAAAACACGACCAACAUGCUGCGGGAGCUGCAGAUGGUCAUCAAACACCGCCCCCUGGCCCGGUCUGAUACGCGCAUCACGUCGAUAUAAUCCCACCCCUUGCGGUCUCGUACCCUGCACGUCGGCGUUCCCUAGUCUGGGGUCUGUGUGAUUUGGAAUCGAGACUUGCCUUGUUUCAACAUAAAAUUGACGACAAAUAUUUUCAUGAAGCACAUGCAGGGAGUUCAGGGGAUGUUUCUCGGCCUUGCGCCAUGUGUGGCUGGAAUGCUUUCGCUGGAGAAAAAUCGGGCGUUUUCGAACAAUCAAAAGGGUUCUUGUCAUUUACCGAGGCAAAAAGGCCAUCUUUCGGUUGGACAUAUUGUGUAUUUUGGGCAGUUGCACGCAGAUUCCAAGCUGGCUUAUGCCGAAUGAGAGAUGGCGACGGUGGACACAUGCCCUCGAAGCGGCUUGCGCAACAGACAGCUGGGAUCGCCGUGCUUGGUAAUGAAAGAGAGUCGACGCAGGAGAGAAGAGAUGGCGAGGCCAAAAGACCAGAAGAUUUACACAUGUUCUCCUUUGUGAAGUGGUGGAUGCCGAUGUGUAUGCAAUGGACAUAAUGAGCAUUCGAGGAGGUGGUGGUUCGUGAUAUAAAAAGAGCAGGCACUCGCACAGGAUUGGCUUGGCCUGGCCCUCGGCCCGCUCGUACAAGAUUGAACGCGGUACAAUUGACUGCCAUGCUCCGUCCUGGCGACGCUUCCAGAACUGCAUGACGUUUAGUAAUGGCUGCAGAGCUCUCGCUAGAAUCCCUCGGAAGGGAUUACGGCCCCAGGAAAGAUGCGGGAGUCCGAACUCGGAUCUAUGCAGAGUCCGGGAAAUGUGGCUCAUGAUAGCACGAAGGAGGCUUUUGCUCUUGUUUGACUGGUCAUUGCCGCGCUGCCGUUACCGCUGCUGCUGUGCUGCCGCUGCUGCCUUACGGUGGCCGUGCCGUGCCUUGC